CCCCAGACGACCUUCCCAACAUGGCGGGGAACGGCACUUCUACGUCACUUCCGGCAGCGCGUCGAAUAUAAGCGGCAGGAUUUCCGCUUUCGAUCCUUUCCGGCGGUGACGGCCUCCCCACGAGAACAUGCCUCUCGCCAAGGACCUCCUUCACCCCUCGCCGGAGGAGGAGAAGCGGAAGCACAAGAAGAAGCGGCUGGUGCAGAGCCCCAACUCCUACUUCAUGGACGUCAAGUGCCCAGGAUGCUAUAAGAUCACCACCGUCUUCAGCCACGCACAGACCGUGGUGUUGUGUGUCGGCUGCUCCACUGUCCUCUGCCAGCCUACAGGAGGGAAAGCCAGGCUUACAGAAGGAUGCUCCUUCAGACGGAAGCAGCACUAAAAGCUCCCUGAAUCGGAUGAACGGGAAACCAUCCCAAUAAACACAUUUUGGAUA